UGUUUUGUGCUGACCUUCGGUUAUAAACGCGUGACGGGACGUUUGACGCUUUCAGACGCGUUUCAGUUUCACAGUUGAACAGACAAGUUCGUCAGCUUCGCAUAUCAUAUAAAAAUGAAAAGCUUCCACAUGUUCGCUCUGCUGGUCUUAUUGAUCGUUGGAGCAAAUGCUGCUCCACAGUUUUGGCCUAGGGAUGAGGAUUUAACAAAAACAUUUAUCAGUGGUCGUCCCAUAGAGAAUCGUGUCUCCACAACAACAGCGGCGCCAACGACAGCUUCCCCAAGGGUUCGGGCCUGUAUACAAUCCUGUCCUGCAACAAGCGAAUAUAAUCCCAUUUGUGGCAGCGAUAAUGUCAAUUAUUUUAAUGAAGGACGCUUCAAUUGUGCCGUCGGUUGUGGACAAAAUGUACGUCGUCUACACUUGGGAAUCUGCAGUACAACGUAAAAUUUAUAGUAAUAUUUUUAUGGACUAGUCAAACACUUAAUCGCCAGUUCAAUGUUCACUCUAAUGACCUCAACAAAUCUUAAUAAAAAACAAACAAACUAA